AUGGUGAACGAUGAUCUAGAGUUUGUUUUUGUUCCAUUGGGAUUAUUGGUGUUCUUUUUGUACCAUACUUGGCUUCUCUUCACCAUUAUUCGCGAACCUCAUCGAACUGUCAUUGGCUUAAACACAGAAUCUCGUCUUCAAUGGGUUCAGGCCAUGAUGAGUGAUCCCUGCAAGAAUGGUGUUUUGGCGAUCCAAACUAUCCGCAACAAUAUCAUGGCAUCGACUCUUCUUGCUACAACAGCGAUCACGUUAAGUUCACUGAUCGGUAUUUUCACUAGCAAUGGGUGGAAUUCUGAUGACACGUCUUCUAUAUUUCACAGCACUGCUGCAGUUAAACGAAUUUCGAUUACGGUUUGUUUCCUUGUAGCAUUUUUAUGCAAUAUUCAGUCUAUAAGAUGCUACUGUCAUGUCAGUUUUUUAAUCAAUGCGCCUACACUCAGAGAUAAAAAAGCGUAUAUGGAAUAUAUUUCUAAGACGUUGAAUCGGGGGAGUCAUUCGUGGUCACUUGGAUUGCGAGCGUUUUACUUGUCAUUUACUUUCUUCCUCUGGAUUUAUGGACCUAUACCGAUGUUUGCUUGUUGCUGCAUGACAUCAUUCUGUUUGUAUUUUUUGGAUACAACGGCUAGAAUCACGAGGGAUCUUCAUAGUGAUUCGUUCACGAAGGAGAGUAGUGAUGUAGAAUCUGGAUCGGAGCCUGAUUAUCAUCCUUUAGCCGGUGACGAUUUAGCUCAAAAUGCAGCUGUAGAUAAUGUGUAA